AUGCAACUAGCACUGGUGCCUGCUUCGUCACAUGGCGACCCUUCAGUUGGUCCACCUGGUGAUGACUCUUCCAAUGAUGGUGAACCUGACCCGAAACGAUCCCGACUCGAUGACUACGAGGUCGUUCUGGCUGCUGCAGAUGUACCUCUUACGUAUAGAGAGGUGAUGAAUUCGCCGGAUGCAGCGAAGUGGAAAGAUGCAAUCCGAGCUGAGCUUCGCUCUCACAUUCGCAACCACACGUGGGAUAUUGUUCGCCGACCUUUUGGUACGAAGGUGAUCGGCUGCAAGUGGGUGUUCGCCCUAAAACGUAAUGAGCAGGGAGAGAUUACCUUUGGUGUCGACUACCACGAGACUUACUCGCCGGUUGCUGGUCUUUCUACCCUGCGUGUCUUCUUUGCCGUAUGCAACCACCUUGGCUACUUUAUCAAGCAAUUUGACGUGGAGACAGCAUUCUUAAAUGGUGAUCUGGAUGAGGAUGACCAUCCAGAUCACCUGUCUUUAUGGCAAUUCCACCGGGAGUGCGAGCUGGCCAUGGCA